UGGCAUCACUGAAGGGGCCAGCUGUUACUGCUGUGGGAGAUCAAGAGCUCCUUCCAAUUGCAUCUUCUGUGUCAUCUGCAAAACCCCCAGUGACAGUGAGUUUCUCCUACACACACUCUGUUUUCUCCAGUGAGGAUUUGUUAGCUGUAAUCUGUGAUAAUUAUGUGUUUCUCUAUUUAUACUUUGUCAGUUCACUUGCUACUGCAAAAAGCUUUGAUUUAUGAAUCCCAGGCUAAAAGUAUACAUACACUUCUCAUCCCCCAGACCUCAUACUCCAAGCUCAUAGUUGCAAAUUCUUCUAGCCAGCUUCACACCUUGUGAGGGAAAUAAUCAAAGACUACGUGCUUUGGGUGAGUGUUCUGGUUAUUCAUCCAACAGCCAAGAUAAGAAUUGGACAAAAUAUUUUGUUCUCAAGAAUGGCUUCAGAAAGAAAAAAAAUAUUUAAAUAAAAAAAAUGGAAAAAAGUAUUACUUGAGCAAAGAAGAUGAAACUUGUUCAGAGUGCCAGAAACACAUCAUACCUGUGUGACAUCUAGUCAUAGGCAUGGCAGGUGGAAAGAGAGGGUGACUCAGUGCUGGAGUGUUCCUGAGUCUGUAGCUAGGUAUACCCUUAAAAAGAGAUAAUGGAAUUUUCUCUGCAGUGCAGGAGAGCUAAUUCAGUGCUAUUUGGAAAGUGAAUGAAAACUCUUGAAAAUCCGCAUUCCCUCUUUUAGUGUCCACUAAAGGAAAUGAGGAAAGUGCUUCCCUAAUCCUGCCAGCUAUCUGUGAAUCUCCAUGUAACAUAUAACUUGACUGUGAUUCUUUUGUCAAUAAUUCUCUUCUGCUCAUAACUCAGUAAAACAGACCCAGGUGAUUUCAGUAUUUUGCAUAACAAUGAUAACGGUUGCUUGCAAGGUCAUCUCCAGUUUUCAGCCAAUUCAGACGAUAUUUACCUGGUUGGAAGAGCUGAAUUGUCUUCUGAAUUGGAAGAGUUGUGUAUGUCCUAUGUGGAAUCCAUCUGCAAGACUAGGAAGUUGUGAGCACAGAAGAGUCUCUCUACACUUUCCAAAGAGGGGAAGCUUUGUGUACAGAGGGGGUCCCCAGUUUGCUGGUUGCCACCUUGUCACCUGGGAUCACAUCGAGUGCUCAGAGCUCCCAUUCCUCCAUCAGUUGGGAGGCUGUGGAAUCCUUGGUGUAGGCAUCUGGCUGGCUGUUACCCAAGGGAACUUUGCCACCCUCUCCUCUUCUUUCCCGUCCCUGUCAGCUGCCAACCUCCUGAUCGUCACAGGGACGUUUGUCAUGAUCAUUGGCUUCGUGGGCUGCAUAGGUGCCAUCAAAGAAAACAAGUGCCUCCUGCUGAGUUUUUUUAUCAUGCUGUUAAUUAUAUUUCUGUUGGAGCUCACUGUUGUGAUUCUGUUCUUCGUCUACACCGACAAGAUUGACAAGUAUGCUCAGCGGGAUCUGAAGAAAGGACUUCACUUGUAUGGGACAGAUGGAAAUAUUGGCCUCACUAACGCAUGGAGCAUCAUUCAAACAGAUUUCAGAUGCUGUGGAGUCUCCAACUACACGGACUGGUUCGAAGUGUACAACACAACCCGGGUGCCAGACUCCUGCUGCUUAGAAUUCAGUGAGAACUGUGGGCUGCAUUCCCCAGGGACCUGGUGGAAAGCGCCUUGCUAUGAAACUGUGAAAAUAUGGCUCCAGGAAAACUUACUGGCAGUGGGAAUCUUUGGAUUGUGCACAGCUAUGGUGCAGAUUCUCGGACUCACCUUUGCAAUGACCAUGUAUUGUCAGGUAGUCAAGGCAGACACCUACUGUGCAUAGAUACCAUUCCCAAUCUUUCUGCUUCUCCUCCAAAGGACACAGGAGAAAUCUCCUUCAUGCUCAUUCAUCUGACCUUUUUCCCCCCCUUUGUACUAUAAACUGUGUAUAAUGCAAUCUUUCUGAAGAUUUUGUGAAUCACCCCACUUUACUGAAGGAGGAAGAAAAGAAAAAGUCAGUACUUGAACUGGCACAGGUAAGAAGCAGCCUUGUCUUUAAGCAGAGGAAAACCAGAAAAGCAAUGGUUCCUUUUCCCUGGCCUGUGGCAAGGCAAGAGAGGCUGCUUACGAGGGGCUGACUGCAAAUCCAUUUAGAAAAAGAUGGCACUGAGGCAACCUCUGCAAAAGCUGCCAGGCUGCCUUCCCACAUUUCCCAGUGUGGAAGCGAGGACGUAGAGAAUAAACGUUCUUCAGCAAGAAGGCACAGAGUAGCUAGCACUGAAUGCAAUUGUAAUUUUACUACAGUUUGCACACAGCUAAAAUGUCAAGAUCAAGCAGCCCUGCCUCCAAGUAUCUCAAGAUGAUUUUGUAGCCAGGAGAGGAUCAUCUUCAGAAAUACAUUGUUUUAAAGGAGCAUUUUUAAUCUCACGCGCCGCAAAGUCAGGCUUUUAAUUGGAAUCUGUACAGCGAGAUCCUGGCUGUUAAUGGAAAACAAUAUUGGACAUUGCCUCACUUCCUCAUUGCCAGUGGCAUAUAGAUGGUUGACUGUGUAUGUUAUAUAUAUUACAUUCAUAAACACAUACUUUUCUGAAAGGAGGUGAAAAUACCCAGCAUCUAACCUCAGAAAGAGGAAACCUUUCUAUCCUAUUUUACAUUCCAACUGAAAAAAACAAGUUUUAUUUCUUGUACAAGGCACUAUCACUUAUACCUCUGAGAAACAAGUAAUUACUUUCAGCUGUAUCUUCAUUUCAGUAAACAACUUGUGAGUGGGCUCUCUCUGUCAGUCUACUAUGGUUUUAUUUUUUUAUCAUCUCUGCUUCAAGUAAGUCUGCCAAAAAAUAUCACUCAUUUCCACGCUUGAAGAUGUGUACAAAGCUGUCAGCUGUUCCUUCCCUGAAUGUCGCCAUUUCAUUAAUUUACUUUGGGAUAAUAUCAUCUGCAGGUAUGAUAGAGUUUGCCUUGCUGAGGAAGAAUCUUCCACACAUUGCUCAUUUUUCUGAGAGUUAUGAAGACUUCAGAUGCUUUUAUGCUUAGGGUUUUUUUUUCCUCCCAGAUGCACGCUGACAACAGCCAAGACACUGUCUUGUCUGACAGUCUCUGUAAGAACUGGAGUCACUUCUCAGUGCUCUUUUUCAGAUGCAUUUUCCUUUACCUAGCUGCUGGCUAGAAUAUAAUCCACACUUUCUGGAAUAUCAUGGAUUCACAGAGAUAUGCAGAAAUCAAAACCAUAACUUUCUUUAACCAGGGAACAGCCACUCAUUAAUAACUGAAGUAAUUGAUGUAGUACCCUCCUAUGCACAUCUUCUGGUGAUGAGGUUAAAAAUCAGAUGUGUCCUAUUGUUCAAACAACUAAUUCCCUGCCAGCAAACACUCCAGGUAGUGCAUGUGUGCCAGGGAAAGGACAAAGCAGGGAACAGGCAAACAGAGCCAUGCAGAUGCUGCUCCCUUCAGCCAGCACUUGAGGAGCUCUCAGCCACUGUCACUUAGAGCAGAGAGCUGGCCAUGGAGCUGUGUUAUCCCAGGAAGCUGAGUGCAGCCAUUCCUGCAGGCUGGCAGCAUGAAUCAAGCUCAUAGAGAAAGUUACCCUGCUUACAACAGCAGGUCUCAGCUCAGUGACAUUUUGCAUGCUUUGAUUUAAAGGCAAUUUCCAGCACAAAGCUGGACUUGCCAGCCCACAGCCUAUUGAACAAUCUCCUUUACACCCAUAACAGACUCUUUUCUGGACCUGCAUUGUUUGACAGAUUGACUCUCACUUGUUAGAUUUGGGGUUUUUUUUGUCUCUUUGCUGAUUUCCUUCAGACAUCUCACUCUCAGGCAUGAGCUACUCCGUAUUUUCUGGGAAAUUGCUUAGGACAGUCUGGUGUUUAAAAGAGCAAUUAUCUUCCAAAAUUUUACCCCUGUGGGGCAUGUAGCUGUGCAGGCUAAGGUAAAAGCAAUGUAUUACUUGUGUGCAUUUUAUGUGGCUUCCCAAUCACUAUCACAGCAACCUCCCCACCACUAAAGGAUGUUCCUGUCAUGCAAACAAGUCCAGACAAACCCAAGCUGAGCAAGUAGCCCACACACAGGGGCCCUGUCCUCCAAGCCCACUCAUGGUGUUGCAGUCACCAGAGUCUCCAUGCUCUCUGCUUCUUGAGCCCAGGCUGACCUGCAGACUGUCCUGCUCUGCAAAAGGUGGUGUGAGUUUGUUCCUUCCCUCCCUCCACUCUGUUCUUUUCUUAAUCUGCACAGACACAAUUCCAGGUUAGCUGUACCUUGAGUUCUUGCCUUGGUUUAUAGUCUGUACACAGGGGUGCUCCUGCUGACAACUCCGAGUUUCUACCCCUGAAAAGCUGCAUGACAGAGUGAUGAAUACAUUCAUAAAACAUUGAUUUUUUUUGAGACAGAUAAAAGGUAGACAAGUCUAUUUGUAGUGAUCCCUGCCAUUAAAAAUUAACACAGAGACAGCAGGCUGAUGGUGUUCAGUUGAUGGGAACAAACCAUCGUGCAGAACUCCCACAGAGAGCAACUCUCAUCAAUUUGCUUGAUGGUGAUGUGGGGAAAAGGGAGAUCACAAACUCUUCUCCUGAGUCUCACAGUAAUAUGUGCUGAGCUCUUAGAGAACACUUCAGGACUUCAGCUAAAGCUUCAGUGGAAACAAAAUAUGAGAAGCAGACUGGAGACAAGUCUAAUCAUUUUCCACAGUUUAGGUGUCUUUACAAGAUAAACUGCUUUGGUUUUCAAAAACAAGUACCUAAAGAGUGUAUAAGCAACAUUCACUUUGUAAAUCCCAGUCACUGCAACAAAAACAUACAGUUAGGGGAGAAAAGAAAACAAAACGAAAACCACAAACAAACCAAAAAGCUCCAAACAGACAAACAAACACAAAAAAACCCCUAUCACAUAUUGCUGCAAAAAAUUCUUUUUUAAAUACUAUUCUUCCACUACCAACUGAGAUGCUCCUGCAAGUUGUUAAUAAUUUGAACUGGUCUGUUUUGUAUAUUUGGUGUUACUAACUCUCUCCACACAGACCAAGCAGCUGUUACAGUGCUUACAGCAUUACCAGCACAAUCUGAUUUCAUUUCUGAACACACUGCACAUAACAAGCCUCAGACUUACCAUAUUUUCUUAAGAGCACUGCAUCCUUUCUGUGCUGACAAGGUGAGAAUAUUUUGUGAUGUGUAACAGCAACAAUAUUUUUAAAAAAACAAACAAAAAGCCAAAAAAAAGACAGUUCAAUUUUACACAUAAAACUUCACAUUAAACUGGUUGAUUAUAUAUAAGUAACCUGUAGUACAUAAUAUCCAUUUGAAAGGCUGCUGAUAUUGAAUGCAGGCAGAGCAACAGAGAAGUCAUUCCAAUUGCUUCUAUUAGUGUCUUGUCACUUUUAGUAAAGCCUUUUAUAUUAUUGUGGCUUCUUAUCUUUAAACAUGAAGGAGGACUCAAUACAUUUAAUUUAAAGACAGAACCAAAGGCAAUAAAGGAGCACUCUUAAUUUAUUCUCAUGGCUGUUUCUGCUUAAUAACAAGAUAUGAAGGCACAGGGCAUAUGGCUGAACCUACUGAAUUCAGCAGCAUCAGGAUUUAGCUUUUUAGAUUCAGUCCAAUAUACUUUUAGCUGUUCAUCUUCACAAUUAUUAGAAAAAAAAAACAACCAAACAAACCCAACCCCAAAUCGUGUCUUUAAUAGAAUAUGGUUUAUUUUCCUGUAGCAGCUAAAUCUUAUUAUUUGUACAGCAUAAUUACUUAGCUCCUCAUCACACAGUGCACAAUCACUGAAAUUCACUUCAGUUCCUGUUCUAUGAAUAGUUUUUGGUCUCCACCCUCAAAUCAAACAAACUCCUAAAGGUUUAUUUUUUGAUCAAUAAUUAGCAUUUAAAUGCAUCAUUGUAGGAUUUAUAAAAUGGAGAGGAAGGAACUGCACAGAAGCUGUAAAAAUCCUCUGUCUUGCAUCAGCAAUAGGGCUGCCAAGGGAAUCCACCCAAACCCUCACAAAUAUGACCUGGUCACACUGAGCACACGUGGCUGGGCUGCCUCUUACACCUUCCCAGGGCAGGACAGCAGGCUGGCACCGUGGACAAAGUCCCAACCUUUCAUUUACCCCUUGGCUUCGGUGUUGUGCUAUAAAUGUGGCACCAAAGGUAAGCAACAGAAACAAGCAGUUGAUUGUGGCAUUUAUUUUAAACCCAGACUCUUUAUUUAACUCUAAUUUAUCUGCAAGAAUUUGCUAAGUGUAAAUGAUCUGCAAAGAUACUGAGUUUGACAGUUAGAAAACACACUGGGACUUGCCCUGGGAAAUCUUGUUUGGAUUCCAUUGUGAAUUCUCCUCCCUUGUCACUGGUAUCUUACCCACAGUGGGCAGGUCUCCUCUGUUCUUUGGGUUUGGUUGCUGCAAUUACAAUGGUACCUUUUUGUGCAUUCAUAUAAAGAACAAAAUUUAAAAUAUACAUCUUAUUUUUAAAACGUUAUUAAAUAUUCUUUAAAGUUUACAACAGAAUGUCUUUUGUAUUCUUUAUAAGCAACUGCACUACAAGCUAAACAGUGAUUCUAUACAGACCCAAAGAUGUGUGUGUGUGCAAGUGCACACACACACACACUGUAUGCAAUUUAACAAAACCCUAAAGUGUUCUACUCCUUUGUCAUUUCUCAUUACCUUUGAUUUUACCUAUCUUUCCUUACCAAUUCGUUUUUAUUAUUAUUUAAGUGGCUUACCUGUUCCCAGGUAACUUUACACACCUCUUUCCUCUUAAGAGCAGACAACCUGAAAUUAUGUGGUAGUCAAUAACAAUUCAGAAACUACUGGGAGAUCAAGUUUAGUGUUAAAAAAUACUCAGACCCAAACCAAAUUAUUUUGUGUUCACAACUUGUCUGUUACUGAUAGCUUUGAAAUAAAAGAACUUCUCUUUUUCUGUGGUAGUUGCUUACAUUCAGAAAUUACAUAGAAAAACUUGAAAAAUUAGCACCAGAAUGUUUUUAAAUGGAACAACUAGGAACUUGUACUGUGUCAGAUCAGAAGAAUGUCUGGUUAGCCAGGUAUGUUAGCUGCAGUCAUGUCUAACACUGCCUUUUUUUGUACAAUUUGUUGUACCCUACAGGUCAAACAGCUUCACAAGUGAAAUUGUCUCUAAACUAAACUGUGCAUUCUGAACAACACCACAGGUGUACUGUUGAAAUUGUAAUGGGAGGAGUAGAGACCCAGAGGUUUCAGAGGUUGUUGCAGGAAGCAUCAUAAGGGAUAACCCACACCUUUGGUGCAAGUUUCUUACAGCUCCCUUAGUUCAGGAGAGAUAUUUACAUUACUUGAAUCAUCUUCAUCCCAUUGAGUGCACCACUAGAUGGUCUCAUCAGCCACAUCUAUCUUUAAUCCCUUUCUGUCUUUGUGAAACUUUAGUCCUGCAGUAUAGCAGUGAAUUUCACAAUUUCUUCCUGUUGCAUUUAAAAGAAUCCUUCUUACAUGGAUUUUAACAUGUUGCCUUUCAACUUCAUUUACUCACCAUUGGUUCUAUACUUUAGGAACGAUAACUUAAUGAUGCUUACAGAAAUACGUGGCUCACAGCAGCAAUAUUACCUUUACAGCUUAAUUUGCCUUUCCACUAGAGCUUAACCUUGGGUAAUUGAGUACUCUAUUGAUUUUCAACAUCCCAUUGUUUCAAACAACUAAGCCCAGUAGCUAUGCCAGUUGUCUUUGCUUUUGUACUACAUGUUGGCAUAGACAGAGCUGUUCCUACUUUAAUCAUCAACUAGAUGAGUAUUUCACCCACAUCCUGCUAUUUUUGCACACUUAACACAACCUGGAAAUAUCAGGCCUAGCUGAUUGUUCUGGCUCUGUAAAACAAAUUAUUUUCCAAGAGAUUUAAGGACAGCUUAUGAAACGUCAUUCAAAGUUUUGUCUUGACACAUCAAAAGUGCAAAACACAGAGCCCUAUGUUUCUUAUCUUACCGUGCUAAAAACCCCAAAUAAGAAAUCUGUCAUUAAUGUGGCAUGACAUAAUAUGGCCAAUGCCAUUUGAAAGGCUGUUUUUUUCUGAAGUUCUAUUAGUUGCCUAUGGGAGGUCACUUUACCCUAGGCCUUGCUUCCUUGUCUCCCCUUGAAAUAAACUGUUUCCCCAUGGAACUACUGUCUGUUCACUAGAAAUCCUGCAGUUUGCUGAGCUGCAGGAAUAGCUCAGUUUACAUUCCUCCCUCCAAAAGCCAGAAAACAUUCACUACCAAAUCUACACCAGUGCGUGUUAGACAGCUAAACAGAAGUUCUGUAUCUUAGGAUGCAGGUUUUCAGUGAAGAAAUAGCUGAUCAGUUGAACUAAUUCCUCAAACAAAUCCCUGCUAUCUUUUAUGUAGAGGUAUUUAGGCAGAGCAGAAUAUUUUGUUAGUACAGAAUUACUAAACAGACUUCCCUGUAUGUGCAAUUAAAGCAUUAUUUGAAAGGAUGGGAUAAUUAUCCACUAUAAACUUCCCCUUAUAUUCCCACGGUACUGCUAUUACAGAGUAUAGUUCAAAUCACAGGCAACAAAACAAAACAUGUAACUGGAUAUAGUUAAAUACAUAGAAAACAAAAAUCUGUAGAAACCAGUACAGCAUAAAAAAUUCCCCAACUGUUAAUGUAUAUCUUAUGUGUCUGUGUCUCAUAUGGACAGUGACAAGAGUUUCAGGUGUAAAGCAUUCAUCCUGAAGAUAAACUAAAAAUUACUGGAGAAAUACAGGGAUUUCAGGAACUGGUUUCUCAAAGUCUAUUCAGAUGCACUUCAUCAUCUCCCUCCUUCACAAAUGCCCUUCUUUGGCCUUAAAGCUUAAGUCCAUCACUGCUCCAGCCCUUCCACCUCUACCAUUUAAAUCUGCUGUUCUACACACAAAAAUAAGUGGUCAGUCAGAGUCCCAGUCUGUCAAAUAUAGAGGGGAUUCAGUUGUUUGACUGUAUAAAUUUUAGUGCCCAGUGGUAAGAUAUGUUACGUGGCUUUACAAAAUUCAGGUUUAAUACUGAUUUAGGAGAGCACAGUCUCUACAGUAGAGAGCAGAAUAAGUACUGUGACUAAGUAAUUCGUGCAGCCUGGUUCUGGACCUAUGUAGUGACUGAUUCUGAGUUGCUCUUAAUGUCCUCAAUUCCUUGAUGCAAGCUUGCAAAUGGCUAGACAAGCCCUGUUAUCAAGCAGAACUGUCACUGGCUGUUUAGCAUGCUCCAGGCAGACUAACACUGCAGGGAUUCUUUUUCAAUUUUUUUUAACCCAAUUUAACUUGGAAACUUGUUCAGUGUUAUUGUAUCAGCCACAGAUGCAAUUAACGGAUUGUGAUAUUAUAUCUCACCUUGAAUAAUAAGCACCCAGGAUACUGAGGUAAAAAUAAAUGCCUCAUCUUAGAAAUUAUGCAUUUGUUUUCUUUUGAAAUGCUCACCAGCACCCACACACUCUAAAGGUGACUGGGGCAGCAUAUGCAUCCCCACAGUUUGUACUGUGGCAGCCCAACUGUCCAAGAUAACUUCUAUU